AGCGGGGGAGCAUGGACCAAACCCCGCUGCUCGGGCACCAUGACGCUCGCCCGCCUCGCCGUGGCUCUGAUUUUAGGGGCGCUCCCCGAAGUGGUCAGCUUUGAUCCGGUCCCCAAUUAUCCCUUCCACCACCGCCUUCGCCAUUCGCCCCCUCCGGGUCCCCAGUACCCUUAUUACCUUCCCACCCAGCAGCGGCAACAGAGGCCACCUCCGCCGCCCCGUCUGGCGCGCGUCCUGCGCCCCCCGCCUGCUCUCCCUGCCCAGCGCCCGCACGCCCUCCACGCGGGGCGCACGCCCGGCCCGCACCCCGGGGGCUGCCCGGCCGGCGAGUCCUGGGUCAACGUGACGGACUUCGGCGCCCCUUGUCUGCGCUGGGCGGAGGUGCCACCCUUCCUCCAGCGGUCGCCCCCGGCGGACUGGGCUCAACUGCGAGGGCAGCGCCACAACUUCUGCCGGAGCCCCGACGGCGCGGGCAGACCCUGGUGCUUCUAUGGGAACGCCCACGGCAGGGUGGACUGGGGCUACUGCGACUGCAGACACGGGUCAGUACGACUUCGAGGUGGCAAAAAUGAGUUUGAAGGCACAGUGGAAGUAUAUGCAAAUGGAGUUUGGGGCACAGUCUGUAGCAGCCACUGGGAUGAUUCUGAUGCGUCAGUCAUUUGUCACCAGCUGCAGCUGGGAGGAAAAGGAAUAGCAAAACAAACCCCGUUUUCUGGACUGGGCCUUAUUCCCAUUUAUUGGAGCAAUGUCCGUUGCCGAGGAGAUGAAGAAAAUAUACUGCUUUGUGAAAAAGACAUCUGGCAGGGUGGGACAUGUCCUCAGAAGAUGGCAGCUGCUGUCACGUGUAGUUUUUCCCAUGGCCCCGCCUUCCCCGCCAUACGUCUCGCUGGUGGGAGUAGCGUGCACGAAGGCCGAGUGGAGCUCUACCAUGCUGGUCAGUGGGGCACGGUCUGUGACGACCAAUGGGAUGACGCCGACGCCGAAGUGGUCUGCAGGCAGCUGGGCCUGAGUGGCAUUGCCAAAGCAUGGAAUCAGGCAUAUUUUGGGGAAGGAUCUGGCCCAGUAAUGUUGGAUGAAGUACGCUGCACUGGGAACGAGCUUUCUAUUGAGCAGUGUCCAAAGAGUUCCUGGGGCGAGCAUAACUGUGGCCAUAAAGAAGAUGCUGGAGUGUCCUGCACCCCUCUAACAGAUGGGGUCAUCAGACUUGCAGGUGGUAAAGGCAGCCAUGAGGGUCGCCUGGAGGUGUAUUACAGGGGACGGUGGGGAACGGUCUGUGAUGACGGCUGGACUGAACUGAAUACCUAUGUUGUUUGCCGGCAGCUGGGAUUUAAAUAUGGCAAACAAGCCUCUGCAAACCACUUUGAAGAAAGCACAGGGCCCAUAUGGUUGGAUGAUGUCAGCUGCUCAGGAAAGGAGACCAGUGUCCUUCAGUGUUCCCGGAGACUGUGGGGAAGGCACGACUGCAGCCAUCGAGAAGAUGUCGGCAUUGCCUGCCACCCCAGCGGCGAUGGACACAGACUCUCUCUGGGUUUUCCUAUUAGACUGAUGGAUGGAGAAAAUAAGAAAGAAGGACGAGUGGAGGUUUUUAUCAACGGCCAGUGGGGAACUAUUUGUGAUGAUGGGUGGACUGAUAAGGAUGCAGCUGUGAUCUGUCGCCAGCUUGGCUACAAGGGUCCUGCCAAAGCAAGAACCAUGGCUUAUUUUGGGGAAGGAAAAGGACCCAUCCACGUGGAUAAUGUGAAGUGCACAGGAAACGAGAGGUCCCUGGCUGACUGUAUCAAACGAGAUAUUGGAAGACACAACUGCCGCCACAGCGAGGAUGCAGGAGUUAUUUGUGAUUAUUUUGGAAAGAAAGCAUCAGUUAACAGUAAUAAAGAGUCCCUCUCCUCUGUUUGCGGGUUGAGAUUACUGCACCGUCGGCAGAAGCGGAUCAUUGGUGGGAAAAAUUCUUUAAGGGGUGGCUGGCCUUGGCAAGUGUCCCUCCGGCUCAAGUCAUCCCAUGGAGAUGGCAGGCUCCUGUGUGGGGCCACACUCCUGAGUAGCUGCUGGGUCCUUACAGCAGCACACUGCUUCAAGAGGUAUGGUAACAGCACCAGGAACUACGCUGUUCGGGUUGGGGACUAUCAUACUCUGGUGCCAGAGGAGUUUGAAGAAGAAAUCGGAGUCCAGCAGAUUGUGAUUCACCGGGAGUAUCGACCGGACAGCAGUGACUACGACAUCGCCCUGGUUAGACUACGAGGACCAGAAGAGCAGUGUGCCAGAUUCAGCAGCCACGUUUUGCCAGCCUGUUUGCCUCUCCGGAGAGAGAGGCCACAGAAAACAGCCUCCAAUUGUUACAUAACAGGAUGGGGAGACACAGGACGAGCCUAUUCAAGAACUCUGCAACAAGCUGCUGUCCCCUUACUUCCCAAGAGGUUUUGUGAAGAACGUUAUAAGGGUCGGUUUACAGGAAGGAUGCUGUGUGCUGGAAACCUCCUUGAACACAAACGUGUGGACAGCUGCCAGGGAGACAGCGGAGGACCACUCAUGUGCGAGCGGCCAGGAGAGAGCUGGGUUGUGUAUGGGGUGACCUCCUGGGGCUAUGGCUGUGGAGUCAAGGAUUCGCCUGGUGUUUAUACCAAAGUCUCAGCCUUUGUACCUUGGAUAAAAAGUGUCACCAAAUUGUAAUUCUUCAUGGAAACCUCAAGAGAAAAUAGUAUUUCAAGAAUCUGUUGGAAAAUUUUUAACUCCCAUUAGCACUCAGCCAGAGAUGACAACUCACGGAGACUGAGAUCCAUGAUCCUGCUUUGUAUUGUGAUAAAAAUUGUGUACUCCUUUGCUGCUUCUGAGAAUUUGUGAUGUGAAUGUUUUUGGUUAAACACUUCAGUGAAAUACUAAUACCCUUAACUAGCAUUUGCCUACUCAAAUUAGUUUCACUGGAUACUAAAUUCUUUUAUUCUCAUUUGAGCCUUACUUAUUUCUUUGCCAAUUUCUCAGCAUUCUCGAGAUUAUUGUGUAUCAAUUGUGCAAUAAGGCUGUUUUUACAUUUAUUUGGAUUGAGAACUCAUAACUGAAUAUGGUAUAUGGAUUCAUAUUAAGUGCCCACAUUUGACAUAAAAAAUACCCUUUACUACAAUUAAAAUAGUGCCAUUUUCUGUUUAUGUAAUUUUUAAGCUCAAAAUUCUUUUCAAAAGGCUGAUAUUUUCACAUUAUCUAUCUCUGUAGCCUUUGUCAAGUGACGAAAUUAACAGCCACAAAGGUAAAGGAAUUCCAUUAUAAACCUA